CAGCAAAUUUAACGCUCCUACAAAAAACUCUAUUUGGCGUCCUAACCCGUCCUGUAAAUACAACUCCAUUCUUGAUUGCGGGACACACACUUCCAGCAGUGGAACAGAUAUGAUUGCCUGGGUGGAAUGUUCAGGUGAUAGAACAAUGAGCCUGACCAAUGGAUGUUGGGGGUAACGUCAACAUUAGUGUGGAAGGUGUCUAUGGAGGGGUGUGCGCAGACUCCUGGACUGAGGAAAAGUCUGAGAAACUCUGUCAAGAAUGGGGGUGUGGAAGAGAUGUCCCACGUGCGACCAAACCGAAGAGAGACUUUGAAGUGAAGUUCAAAAGUGUGCACAUGGUAGAAGAGGACGGCAGUCUGUCAAAGUGCAGCUAUGUGAAAAAUGAUGGCAGUUGUGACCCAGCAUAUGUUGUGUGCUCAGGCAGUCUCAAGCCACGACUGAAAUCAAGCGACUACUGUUCUGGAAAAGUGGAAGUGAAUUAUGAAAACCAGUGGCGUCCAGUUUGCGGAGGUGCUCUUAAAGACCCCAAUACACAAAACCUCUUUUGUAGGACGCUGGGCUGUGGUGAGGCUGCUCGUUCUACUGACUACGAAAGAAGCAAUAGUAUGGCCAUCUCAGCCAUGACGUGUAAAAACCUGACACAGCACAAUGACUUAAAAGAAUGUAAGGCCUCACUUGAACAGAAGGCCUGCACUUCCACCAGUCUUCAGUGCUCCAAUUCGAAGAAGAUGGCACUGGCGGCAGGUAAUGCCUGUAGCGGUUUUGUGGUUGUUCACUCGGAGGGGAAACAGGCCCAGGUCUCCUAUCAAGGAUGGUCAAAACUAGAAGGUGAAAAGCUUUGCAAAGACCUGGACUGUGGACGUUUGGUAAAAGUCGGCCCUAAUGACACAAUUGCAGGGAGUGAGUUCUGGAGCAAUACCUUCAACUGCACAGGCGUGGAGGAUGAGGAAAACAUCUGGGCUUGUGAAAAGCCAGUGCCACCCAGUAAGAAGGAGCUGCUCUACAUUGAAUGUAAAGGUGAGCCCACAGUCCAGCUGAAAAAAAAAUGUCAUGGUAGCCUAACAAUCGAUGGGAUGGAAGUCUGUGACACUUCCUGGGACACCACAUAUUCAGCCAAAGUUUGUCAGCAACUGAAAUACAGCAAUGCCAUACCUGGUAAAGCCAACAAUUCACCGGCUAUUGGAGGAAAAAACUAUCUCCACGUCCACUGUGAGGAACAUCAUCACAAAAUAGGCCAGUGUAACAGAUUCAAGGAACCAUGUUCAGGACGCCUGGUGUCUGUUUACUGUACUAAAAAUGUUAGCUUUACAACCGCAGAAAGAUGUGGUGGACAAAUUGAAGUCCGCUAUGACACAGAAUAUGGGGGUAAAGUGUGUUAUGAUGAAGAAUUGACCCUGGAAUAUAAAGAACGCUUUUGUGAACAGCUUAAAGGUUGUGGAAAACCAAUAGAUACGCCAAAGGAAACCAAGACAGAGCCCUUCCCUAAGGACAUUAGUGAGUGGACAACAGUACUGAGUUGCCCUGCCGGACAGAAAGACUUUCGAUAUUGCCUCUCCAGAGAGUCUUGCUCUGAUAAAACACCAGCAAAGAUCUACUGUGACGGUUACAAGCCCCGGGUUAUUAUCAAAAAGGAGCCCUUUAAAGUAAAUGUACUUGCUAUUGUCCUGGGACUGGGACUGUUUCUGAUCCUGGCGAUAGUCAUCUUCAUAUUUGUGCGAGUGUACAUCAUCAGGAAAAGUUUCAAGACCUUCCCGCCGGGAUUUCCACUGAGACAUGAUGUAGAGCGUGACAGUGGUGAGUUUGAGGAGUUACACAGCAAAGAAAUGGAGAACACGGGAAGUGGUGGAAUCAGAUCAGAGUCUGAGGUUCUUACAGAGAACGAUAAAAGGAGCCUUUCUUCAUAUGAUGAUAUUGAUAAAGUCUCUGAGCUUGAGCCCCUGACCUCCCGACCCUCGACCACUGAAGACCCACAUGACAGCGGCGUCCAAGACAACAAGCUUGAGCAAAUUACAAAAGAAGAUGGGGAGACCUAUGAGGUAGACGACCCCCAGGAGAAUUAUGAUGACAUCGAGGCUGAUCUUGAACCCACACAGACUACAGCUGAAGUCCAUGACAGCCCCAGAAAUGCACCUGAAUGCAGCACAAACACACCUCCAGACCUGGUGCUGGGCGAUGAUGGCUACCUAGUGCCAGGUCAAGAUGAGUGAGCUGAAGUAGGUUCUAAAAUCAGGCCUGUAAUCAGUUAGUCAUCUAGUCUGCUGCACUGGAUUUACCAAAAUGCAAAACCCUGGUACGACAAAUAAAUUAAUGAAAAUUCCAAAUGUUUAACGUUACAUUUACAUUUGCUAAGAUGGCAUAAAUCAGGGGUGUCCAAUCCUGGUCCUCAAGGGCCGGUAUCCUGCAUGUUUUAGAUGUAUCCCUCUUCUAACACACCUGAUUCAUAUGAUAAGCCGAUCAUCAAGCUCUGCAGAAGCCUGACAACGACUGUCAGGUGUGCUGGAAGAGGGAUACAUCUAAAACAUGCAGGAAAGCGGCCCUCGAGGAUCAGGAUUGGACACCCCUGGCAUAAACAAACAUAAAUAAUGAACACAUAUGCACUGAUUAAUCAAUAAAUAUCAAGAUUAAUCAGUGCAUAUGUGCAUAAUUCUUUAGGUUUAACAGUGAUAUGUAAAUAAUUAAAAUAGGAAAAAUACUGUGAUCAGUUUGUCUCCUUUUGGAACAUAUCAUAUGUAUUACAUGCAUAACAUUGUAUUUCCACAGUUAUUACACUUACUGCCUUUUUCCAGUUCUUAUGUGAGCAGGAUAUCACUCUAAUGUCUGUGAUCCAGCAGGGGGUUAAUUUAGCUCAGCACUGAAGGGUGAUAUUGGAGACAUGCUAACAUGCUCCAGGUCAGAAAAUGGUCGAUACAAUGGAUACAACACAGAGACUGAAGUUUUAAAUCAUAGGACAGGGGUGUCAAACUCAUUUUAGUGGAGGGGCCAUAUAUAGCCUAUUUUGAUCUCAAGUGGUCUCAUAAAAUAAUAGUAUAAUAACCUAUAAAUAAUGACAACUCCAAAUAUUUUGUCUUUGCUUUUAGUGCAAAAAAGGGACAAUUCUAUUCUGAAAAUAUUUAAUAAUUAUCCUCUCACAAAAAAUGUG